GAAAGUUAGUGUGCCGUGAUUUCGUGGUGGAUUAGAACCUAAUUUUCCAUUCCUAAGUGUGUGAAACUUUCGUUGAAAAGUUAACCACUGGUCUCUGACCCAUUUGGAUUAAAAGUGUCGCUUACCUGGAGUUUAUAAAGUUUCUAAACAAUUCAUGGAAUAACAACCACCAACACCCCCUAUCUGCUUGAUGUAGCACUAUGACUCGAGUCAAUUGAAAUGAGUGUCGGGAAUGACGAGGGUGCCGAUUCAUCUGCCCCGCUAACAGGGGACCAGUCUCAACAACAGGAACCAGGUUGGGACUCUAUUGUAACCAUGGAAAUGAGAGAUUACCAAAAAGGAAGGACCAACUCUAGCGCGACGGUUCAAACCGUCGAACCUGAUUUCGGUUCGAGUCAGAACUCACAAACAUGGGCUGAGUACCGCCCGUCAAUUCAACCUAUGGAUAAAAAUUAUGACGCACAUUACAAUCUAUCUUGCCGUAGUAGUCGAGGCCCGGCUAAGACUUCAUUACAGGCAAAGGUUUACAACUUCUUGGAGCGACCAACAGGAUGGAAGUGUUUCAUCUAUCAUUUCACAGUGUUUAUGAUGGUGCUCAUCUGCCUUAUAUUCAGUGUCCUCUCAACAAUAGACCAAUAUGCUGCAUUCGCCAACGAGACACUUUUUUGGAUGGAAAUAGUUUUAGUUGUAUUUUUUGGCCUUGAAUAUGUGAUACGACUUUGGUCUGCCGGCUGUCGAAGUAAAUACCUCGGUGUCAGGGGUCGGUUAAAGUUUGGAAGAAAACCCAUAUCAAUAAUAGACCUUAUAGUAGUGGUAGCCUCGAUCGUUGUUCUUUCUGUUGGGUCGAAUGGACAAGUGUUUGCAACCUCCGCAAUAAGGGGAGUACGAUUCCUUCAGAUUUUACGUAUGCUUCAUGUUGAUCGCCAGGGGGGUACGUGGCGACUGCUAGGCUCUGUAGUGUAUAUACAUAGACAGGAACUUAUAACCACGCUGUACAUAGGAUUUCUAGGUUUGAUAUUCUCGUCCUACUUUGUUUACCUGGCUGAAAAAGAUUCCGGUGGUGAAGAUGGUACUGCCACUGAUUUCACAAGCUAUGCAGACGCCCUCUGGUGGGGAGUGAUCACAGUGACUACGAUAGGUUACGGGGACACGGUCCCCCAAACGUGGAUGGGGAAAAUCGUGGCCUCAUGUUUCUCAGUCUUUGCCAUAUCCUUCUUUGCCUUGCCAGCCGGUAUCCUUGGCUCAGGGUUUGCCUUGAAAGUGCAGCAGAAACAGCGACAAAAACAUUUUAAUCGACAGAUACCAGCGGCAGCUACUUUAAUACAGUGCUUGUGGCGAUGCUAUGCAGCAGAUGCGCGCUCUCAUUCUCUAGCCACGUGGAAGCUUUACACCCAGGAGGCUAGGCAUCCCGCCAAUACAUUAACCAAAGUCGCCCGCCGCGCUAGUGUGAUAAAACGACGCAAAUUUUCCAAAACGAAGUUAGAUUUUACGGGGAGUUAUAAUAAUCAUAUCAGUGAUAGGAAGGAGAGCGAUGCUGCCAUGGUCCUUUAUCCCGACCAACCAGCUACUCCGUCAAAAAGUCGGUCAGAUCCGUUGACGUUACGGAAUACGAUGAGUCAUAAUAACGACAUGGACGACACCGAUCUCGAUAUGGAUGAAAACGGCCAAGAGCGCAUACCACUGCCGAGGAAACUCAUACAACUGACCGAGGCAGACAGGACAGCAAUACGAGUCAUUCGACGAAUACGAUAUUUCGUAGCUAGGAGAAAAUUUCAGCAAGCACGUAAACCUUACGACGUGCGUGAUGUGAUCGAACAGUAUUCUCAGGGUCAUUUAAAUAUGAUGGUGCGAAUAAAAGAGCUUCAGCGACGGCUGGACCAAACACUGGGUAAGCCGGGGACGUGGUAUAAUUCCAGUGAUCGUGACAAACAGAAGAUGACUAUUGGUGCUAGAUUAGCUCGGGUAGAAAACCAAGUGAACAAACUAGAUAACAAGAUGGACCAGUGCCUCUACAUGUUGAAUACGUUAGUCAAACGGAAGGAGACCCCGGUCAGUGUCACAGUCAACGAGGGGUCCAAGGAGGAGGAAGUAUAGCCGAGGCAAGUUUGGGGGGUCAAGUGGAGCCCUCUAGUGUGAGGAGAGAUUCCAGAAUAUGAAGCUUCAAAAUUGAAACAUUGAUUGCUAAUUCUGGCCAAGAAAACCAAAAAGGAAUGACGUCAUUUAUUUCCGCUGAAAAGCAGAUUCAAGUGAUGAUGUAGAUUUAUAGACUUGUUCUGAGCACAAAAUGCGAAACGCGACUAGGCUUAGAAUUUUGUAAGGUACUGUGAUUACAGAAUGUGACAUUUCUGAAUCGUUUUGAUCUCAAGUUGCGGAGUGAGUGUGCGGAUUGAUCAAUAGGGGGCUUAUGCAAUGAGUCGAGGUGUGGCUGUCAAUGAGAUGAGGACAGAUUCAUGGAUCAGCACAAGAGUGGCUGCAUGUUUGUAGUCAAGAAUGUAAAAGAUUGGUUUUGGGAGAGAAAUCGUGGAAAAUAGAUUUAACUCUGAUAAACUUAAAACCAAGGAUGAAUCUGUGGGUGUUAAAUCAUGAAAGAUUGAUUUUCUCGAAAAUGCUAUUUGAAAUGGUUAUGGCUUUGUGCAGGGUGAGUGGAUUAAUCAAAAUGGUGAACUUAACCCAUAUUUGCCAAAAAAUAAUUACCUAUGUCCCAGUAGGUAUAAUUAGCAGUGAUCCAAAGUAUGAUAAACUAAACUGAUGUCAUGACUAAUGAUUUCUUGAACAAUUCUAAAUUCACAAGAUGUUGUUUUUAGGCUCAUGAAGUAAAAAACAAAGGUUCCAUGGACAUAAAUGUGUCAAAAUACUAACCAAUUAUGGGUGAAGUUAUUGCAGAAUAGAUAAAAUCAUAUUAUGAUUCUAUGAUAUCAUUACUGGACAGGAAACAUUGCCAUAUAAGAAUAUAAAUACUACUUAAUCUGUCAUAUCUUUUUUACGAAAAUUGUACAAAUGUACACACACCAUAGAUAGAUUGUACCAAAACUCAAAACAUUUUAUAGAAUGUGAAAUAUUGUAAAUAUGAGAUCAUGUGACCAUUGUACAGACUGUCAUGUGACUUUUACGCCAUUCCAGUGUUUUUAGAUAUGAUGUUUUUAAUCACGUCAAUGGAUGCACAGGGCAAAUAGAUGUGAACAGCAGCCAAGUUUGCUGUGAAGUAAUUUUUUACGGUAAAACAUAGAUGGCGCUUUAUGGUAUAACCAAUUGGUCAAGAAUCAGUUUCUUGAUAAUCCCAUGCAAAGACACUUGAUACACUUUGGGAUGCAUACUCUCAGUGCCCUCUAUACACAGGAACUCUCAUUAGUGCUGGCUGGCAUUUUCAGGAGACACUCCUCCUUUAAGUCUUUUCACAACUGAAAGGUACAUGCAGUGAAUUUUUGCUGUUUGAAAUAAUGGGGUCAGGGGGGGGGGCAUUUAUGUUCGAGAAAACUUUGGGUGAAUUUGAAAUUAGGGUUUGAUACAGGGUUUACUUGACCUGUAACCAAUUAUGCUUCCUCCCUCCCACGAAUGUUAUUUUGAUUCUGUCUGAGGAGUCGUAACAUUUCUAGGCCAAUGAUUUCUUAACCUCCGACUUUUGUUAGUUAGCCCACUUCCUAGAACAGGCCAAUGCAUUUUACACUUGCAAUGCAUUUUCUCAGCUGCUGAAUGUGUCCAAUUACCCUAGAAUAAUUCAAAAAAGAGGAGUUUGCUUGUCUGCGAUUUGAAAUGGCCGUGGGUUGUGGUGAGAUAUGAUGUGGUUUGUCGCUCAGUUCUUUUGAGAAGUGAAGAGGCUCUGAAGCUUUGGCAACUUGGGUCAAGUAGGCCUAUUCGUGAAUCGCUUCGUCAGUGCUGAAAUAUCAACCUCUCAGUGGAAUAUACCGCAGACGUAGAAAGCAUCGACUCACACUAGGAAUAUUAUGGACUGAAGUAUUGAGAACUGAAGUAAGUGAUUUGAGAAGCGAAAAAUCAGCACAGAAUUCGUGGACCCAAAUUUCAUUCUGUUUCCAAUGAUAAGAUUCUUCGUUGAAGGCGUACAGCAGGAUUCGAAUACAGUACAUGUGUUGGAUUUGUAAGCAGGUUUUAGUGAAUGGAUGAUUACUUAAACAGGUUGUACGCAAUCCUAGUGCGCUGUCAUACAGUGUUCCCAGGAUUUUGUCGUUGAAGUCAGUAGGAAUAGUUUCUGUUACCCCUAAGCUUUUGCAAUGCCAACUGUUAAAUUUUCGUACCCCUCAAUCAUGAGUGAGACAGUACAAAAACGAAGUUAUUGUAAACAUUACGAUUGUGCAAAAGUUGAGGCCCUGAAUGAUGAGAGGCAUUUGAGACGAAAGCAUCUUAAACGGUUCAUGUGGUACCCGACGUUGGGGUGGAAGGGUUUUUAUGGUCGCUUGAAGAAGUUGCGGGUUCCAAGGUGUUCAACUCCUGGUUGGAAGAGGUUGAUAACUGAAGAAGCAUUGGUUGUUGGAGCAGACGACAUGGUAGGAGCAGACGACAUGGUAGGAGCAGACGACAUGGUAGGAGCAGACGGCAUCAUAGUAGGAGCAGACGACAUCAUGGUAGGAGCAGAUGACGACAUUGUUGGAGCAGACGACAUCAUCAUUGGAGCAGGUGACAUGGAUGUUUUCAACAAGAACGUCAGAAAGAGGUGGAAUUUGGGGAAAUCAAAAAUCAAAUCUUCAGGAAUUGGUGAUGUCCACUGGUUGAAGAAGAAGACAAAGAAAUGUUGGGCAUUGAAAAAGUUUACGAAAUUCACGAAACGAAAACGGAAAUGUCGCAAAGAUUCCUUAUUACCGGACUCUCCACAGCUCGAGCGCAGACGCACAAGUUCUAUUGCACCUGUUGUCUCGUGUGUGAGUGUCUCAAAGCUGAAGGGAGUGGUUUCACAGAGGUGCAGACAAGCUGCAGGGUAUGUCCAACGGUUCGGGGGCUUCUUCAGAAGGUCUGGUUAUGAUAGGCUUAUCCAGACUGAGCACUGAUGUUGGCGGUCGAUAGGCAUAUAUUCAAAGGUGUAGGGAUGACUAUAGUCAGAGUGGGUCUGAUAUUUUACAGGUUCCAGGAUAAGGCCAAGAUUAGGGGCAUAUAUUCAAAGGUGUAGAGAUGACUAUAGUCAGAGUGGGUCUGAUAUUUUACAGGUUUCAGGAUAAGGCCAAGAUUAGGGGCCAUUAUUCAUUAAGUUACUAAGAUUGGCAAACGGGCUGAGUAUUGAUGGCGAGGAUUGAUAGACCUAUUAUGAUUGGUCGAACUUGGUAGAAUAUCUUAGCAGUUUUUGUAAUUUUCCAAAGUCAUCGAACAGGAAAUAACCCAAAUAUAGAAAUGGAUAAUUAGUUGUCUGAGGUUACUGUGAACCCAAUAAUUUGGUGAUAACAAUAUUUGACAGGAACAUUUUUUUAGCGAUUUGCGACAAUUUUUAUUAUUUUUCUAUUUCAGUUUUGGCGGCCAUUAGGAAAUUUUCUGUAGAAUUUAGGAUGCCUCCCUUUUAUAAAACCAAUUUGAGUGUGAUAUAUGUGUUAAUCAAAUUAUAUAAUUCUUGUAAAAAAUACACUGCCCUUGUGAAGAACUACUUGUAAGGUCAUGAUUUACAUUUAUGAGUGAUGGUUUACAUGUAAAUACAUGGAUUUUGUACCAACUAGACCAAUUUUGAAGAAGUUUGCACCUAGCCUAGAAAUUUAUAUGAAACAGUAGGGUAGAUAUGCGAGGUAGUCAGUUUAGCAUUUUUUGCCGUUGAUCGGCGACUUUCUGUGUCAGACUGAGGGUAUCAUGCGAUUUCAACAUUUUUAUUAAGAGUGUGUUGAGAGAAAUCUGCUACCAUUUAACCCACCUAAUGAUAACCAUUAUCAUCUUCUUAAAGGGAACUGGAACCGCCGAGCGAUUUAUUCAACUUUUCGACUUUCACCGCCCGAGAAAGUCAAACUUCCAACUUCCUAUUCGAGUUCAGAUUUGUAGCUCCGCCCCCAGUGCCCGAGCAUGCGCAGUUCAAUUUGUUAUUAUUGAGAAUCAUGUGAGAAUCACGUGAGUCAUGCGAUCUUUCAUUCAUGAGUUUUCGUAGUAAAUUCCAUAAUAGUGACGUCACUCAAUGAUUGACAGCUAGGCGCCAUGUUUCAUUCAUGCCUCGUUCUGAUCACCCAAUACGCGGGAAAUGAAAACGAGGUCAUACGAACUGGCUUGGCGGUUUCAGUUCCCUUUAAGUCUCUCACCUACAAUGUAUCUACCUUCCUUACUUCCAAGAUCUUUUUCUCCCAAAACAUUUAAUAUUUAACUUCUACCAUUGUUGAUAUCAGACUGUAAACUCAAACUUCAACUUUGAAAUACAGUCCAGGUCACAAAUGACAUCUGUCCUGCUUCGCGUCAGUGAUGCGCAGCGUACGUACGAGUUGCACGCCAAUGUUUCGCGUAUAUUACGCCCAAUUUACGGGAUCUCAAUUGUGAUUUGGACUGUAGCCAAAAACUGUUAAAAACCCUGAGAAAAUCUUCUCAUUUAGCCUGGGGUCCUUGCGUAUGGGGACAUAAUUUAAUCAGCACAAUGUAAAUAUGCACAGGAUUAUCAAGUAUAUCAACUACAUGACACUUUGCAUUCCUGAGGAGCAAUAAAAUCGGAAUGUAUUCCCAUAUUUUCUACUGAAGUGAAUCACAACAUAAUCAUUAUAGCUGACAUGUGUGUAUAGAAACCCCACUGUCAUUGAGUAUCAAUUUUUUAAAACCAGCCAUAUGACAUGUGGUUCUACUGCCAGUUACUUGAUUUUAUGCACCUAAACAUGCACAAGUGUGUCAGAUGCAUGACUAGAAGAUGUUAGGAGGCAUAAUAUAGAUAACAUUCUUUAUAGGUGUUUCAGAAAUGGGAUGGGGGGGUUAAGCUUAAAAUGAGGAUAAUACUGUCGAGUACCAGAGUCGGUAGUCAUGGUAAUGAAAUGUUUUGGUAAUUUGAAGUCCAGUGGUCUGAUUAUGUUACCACUGAAGAUAUUUUACUUACAAAGCUUUGACUUGUUUAUAUGAUGACCCACCUGUAGUUUCAUUGUAGACAUUCACAUGCCCGAUGUACAGUUACGACCAGAACCAUUGUUUUGCCAAAAUCUCUUUCAAAUUCUGUUUGGAAAUACUGUAACAGAUGUAUUAAAGACUCUAGUCUACCCGGGGUUAAAAGGGGUCUGUCUGAGCAAGUCCCACUUUUAAAAACAGAUACCAGAUCAUGAAGUAUAUUUAGAUGUCUGCUGACCCUCUAUAUCAAUGCCAAAUAUUGCACUUUUUGCUGUAAUUAUGAUGUAAAUGUCUUGUACUGUAAAUAAAUGAAGCCAAAUGAUCAAUCA